GGGAAGUCACUUCAUUUGAAAUUUGAAAGUAAAAUGUCCAAAUACAAGAUUGUUAUGGUAAGACAUGGAGAAAGUGAAUGGAACAAGUUAAACCUGUUUUGUGGCUGGUAUGAUGCAAAUUUGAGCGACAUAGGUAAAGAAGAAGCUGUGUCUGCAGGCCAGGCCUUGAAAAAGGAAAACUAUAAGUUUGAUAUAGCCCACACUUCAGUACUCACAAGAGCACAGAAAACAUUAGAAGCUAUUCUGAAAGAAACUGGACAAACUGAUUUGCCUGUUGAGAAGUCAUGGAGGCUUAAUGAGCGGCACUACGGUGGACUGACUGGUUUAAAUAAGGCUGAAACUGCUGCCAAAUAUGGGGAGGAGCAGGUUAAGAUAUGGCGACGUAGUUUUGAUGUACCACCUCCUCCUAUGGAAGAGAACCAUCCUUAUUAUGAUAAAAUUGUGAAGGAUCCAAGAUAUGCCAAGGAGCCUAAGCUCGAAGAAUUCCCAAUGUUUGAAUCUCUCAAACUCACAAUACAGCGGACGUUGCCAUAUUGGAAUAAUGUCAUUGUUCCCCAAAUAAAGGAAGGAAAGCAGAUAUUGAUUGCUGCUCAUGGCAACAGUUUAAGAGGAAUUGUCAAGCAUCUGGAUGGUUUGUCUGAUGAAGCUAUAAUGGGUUUGAAUCUUCCAACUGGUAUUCCGUUUGUGUAUGAGCUGGAUGCCGACUUAAAACCUGUUGUGUCCAUGAAGUUCCUGGGAGAUCCAGAAACGGUGAAGAAAGCGAUGGAAGCAGUGGCUGCACAGGGCAAAGCCAAGUGAAAUGUAAUGAAGGCUGGACAAGGAUAGAUGAAUAGCUUUUUGGUGUUACAGUAUGUUAAUUUUUUUUUACCUUUCGGUAUUGUAAAUACCACACAGAUUGGAGUUGCCUGACUGAAAUUGAAUGAUACUGACAUAAAAACAUAUAUAUAUGGAAAUUGUAACAUGACUAUUAGAAGAAAAAGUGUUCCCAAUUGAUGUUUUAAAUUAUUUGUUGAAAAGUGUUGCAUAUUCUGUAGUGAAGUAAUUAGAACCCAGUUCGAUAAACAGUGAACCAUGAA